CCUGGACUCAGGAUCAUCUCUUCCUCGUAAGGACAGAACGGAGAGAAAGUGUACGUCACUGAACCUGGAACAGAGCGACGUUGAGAGUGUUUAUUCUGCACAAAUGAGAAACGUGACGAAUGACACGACGGUGGUGCGGGCGGACGACGAUGACGACGAGGACGGGGCGGAGCGUGGGCGGAGCACGAGGGUCCUGCUGGGAUUCGUUCUGUUCCUGCUGAUUGUGUGGACGCUGCUGGGGAACACGCUGGUGUGCGCCGCUGUGGUGAAGUUCCGCCACUUGCGCUCCAAAGUCACCAACUUCUUUGUAAUCUCCCUGGCCGUCUCGGACCUGUUUGUGGCCGUGCUGGUGAUGCCGUGGGAGGCGAUGUCGGCCGUGGCAGGGGCGUGGCUUUUUGGGCGCGCAUUCUGUGCCGUCUGGGUGGCGUUCGACAUCAUGUGCUCCACGGCGUCCAUCUUGAAUUUGUGCAUCAUCAGCGUAGAUCGUUACUGGGCCAUUGCGAGCCCGUUCCGUUACGAGCGUAAGAUGACGCAGCGCGUGGCCUUCGUGAUGAUUGGAGUGGCCUGGACGCUGUCUGUGCUCAUCUCCUUCAUCCCCGUGCAGCUCAACUGGCACGAAGCAGACGAGGGCGAAGACGCCAAUGUACUCGGAGAGUUUCAAUUCCACGGAAACGUUACCGACGAUAACUGCAAAGCGAACCUGAACCGCACGUACGCUAUCUCGUCCUCGCUGAUUAGCUUCUACAUUCCGGUGGUGAUCAUGAUCGCUACGUACACUCGCAUUUUCCGCAUCGCGCAGAUGCAAAUUCGGCGGAUUUCCUCGCUGGAACGAGCGGCGGGACACGACGGCGGCGGAGAGAAUUCGAACUCUCUGAAAACGGCUUUCAGAAAAGAGACGAAGGUCCUGAAGACGCUGUCCGUGAUCAUGGGCGUGUUUGUGUGUUGCUGGCUGCCGUUCUUCGUGCUGAACUGCGUGGUUCCGUUCUGCCAGUGCGUCAGCGACACCACCUUCGCCGUCUUCGUGUGGUUCGGCUGGGCCAACUCCUCGCUCAACCCCGUCAUCUACGCCUUCAACGCAGACUUCCGCAAAGCUUUCUCCUCCAUCCUGGGCUGCCACAAAUUGUUCCCCAGCACCACCGUGGAGGCCGUUAACUUCAGCAACGAGCUUGUGUCUUAUCACCAUGACACUACGCUGCAGAAAGAAGCUCCGCCCCCUGUUCCACCCAAAGAGGAAGAGCGUGUGCUCCGGGUGCAUAAGACUUCCUCUUUAAGCUCCUCCUCUUCCUGUGUCGGAGUGGGCGGAGUGUUUCGUGAUCAAACGCGUGUUCUCCUGCCCAGCGUGGGCCGGGGCGAGUGUGACGCGGAGAUCUCGCUGGACACCAUCACGCCCUUCACCUCCAACGCCGUCAUGGAGUGCGGCGGGAUCCCGGGACAGAUCAUCACCGAGUGACUCUCUGUGCAAGAGAUCCAUAAUCAAUAAACUGACAAAAGAAAUCUGAUCAGUCAUCUAUAAUCAGUGAUAUUUAUUUGGGAAGUGUUUAGAUCCUGAAUGCUAACUUCAUUUUACUCAAUUAACACUUUAAUAAUAAUAACAACAUGUAGCCGACUCGGGGUUCCAUCCUGAGCUGUGCGUGUUCUCCGUCAUCUGUGUGGGUUCCCAUCUGGUUCUACUAGAGUUUCCUCCACUCCACCAUCUCCCAUCGUUUUUCUCCGACCGCAAAGAUUUUUCAGCUAUUCCCCUUUUUCAGUUAUUGAGGUUCUCUGAGAAGCUUUUAAAGCUCUGAGUAAAACUGACGGAGCAGAGCGUCAGGAAGAAGAUCGUCACAGAACCGUGAUGAACCCUCAGAUCCUAAAUCUACAGCAGUAGAAUUAUGCGGACGCUGGUUUCUGAGCUGAGCGCCGAAUGUAAAAAAGUUUAACUGUCACGUUUUAUUUCUGUUUCAUUGUUUUGUAAUAUUAUUUAUAAAGGAGGAUGUUUUUUUAAA